AUGUCGAGGGUGGUGUUGGAAGCGGCGUGGGAAAUGUGUGUGGAUUGUAAUUUCGAGGGUGGUGAUGGAAGCGGCUUGGGUAAUGAGUGUGCGAGUGUGGAUUGUAAUGUCGAGGGUGGUGAUGGAAGCGGCUUGGGUAAUGAGUGUGCGAGUGUGGAUUGUAAUUUCGAGGGUGGUGAUGGAAGCGGCAUGGGUAAUGAGUGUGCGAGUGUGGAUUGUAAUGUCGAGGGUGGUGAUGGAAGCGGCAUUGGUAAUGAGUGUGCGAGUGUGGAUUGUAAUGUCGAGGGUGGUGAUGGAAGCGGCAUGGGUAAUGAGUGUGCGAGUGUGGAUUGUAAUGUCGAGGGUGGUGAUGGAAGCGGCAUGGGUAAUGAGUGUGCGAGUGUGGAUUGUAAUGUCGAGGGUGGUGAUGGAAGCGGCAUGGGUAAUGAGUGUGCGAGUGUGGAUUGUAAUGUCGAGGGUGGUGAUGGAAGCGGCAUGGGUAAUGAGUGUGCGAGUGUGGAUUGUAAUGUCGAGGGUGGUGAUGGAAGCGGCAUGGGUAAUGAGUGUGCGAGUGUGGAUUGUAAUGUCGAGGGUGGUGAUGGAAGCGGCAUGGGUAAUGAGUGUGCGAGUGUAGAUUGUAAUGUCGAGGGUGGUGAUGGAAGCGGCAUGGGUAAUGAAUGUGCGAGUGUGGAUUGUAAUGUCGAGGGUGGUGAUGGAAGCGGCAUGGGUAAUGAGUGUGCGAGUGUGGAUUGUAAUGUCGAAAGUUUUGGCUCAGUGUAA